CCUGCUCAGAGUUUUCCCAGAGGUCCUGUGAAGAAUGUCUAAAAAAUGUUUCGUGCCUUUGGUGUUACACCAACAACACUUGUAUUGAUUACCCUGUGAGAAGCAUUCUUCCACCGUCUUCAUUGUGUUCACUCUCAAAUGCUCGAUGGGGAGUUUGCUGGAUAAACUUUGAGGCUUUAAUUAUUGCCAUAGCUGUAGUAGCUGGACUCAUGCUGCUGUCCAUAGCAGUCUGUUGCUGUUACUGCUGUUACUGCAGAAGGCGUUCCAGGAGACCAGAUGAAGAUGAAGAACGGUUAGCUAGAAAGAGAGAGGAGCGAAGACUACAGUCUCUUCAGAGGAAACAUGAAAGAAAAAUGAAGCAUGAUGAAAUACGUAAGAAGUAUG